AUGGAGACGGUGCUACUGGAACACUUCCCCGGGGGGCUGGACUCCUUCUCGUCACCCCCCUAUUUCGACGAGGAGGACUUCUUCCCCGAGCCGCCCCCGCGGGACGGUCUGGCCGCCGACGGGCUGCUGGAGCCGGACGUGGACUUCCUCAGCCGGCAGCUGCAGGAGUACUACCGCGACGGCGGCGAGUCCGACGGCGGCUACCGCUGCCCGGCGCCGGCCGCCGCCUUCCCGCCGUCGCCCGCCUCGCCCGGCUUCGCCUACGAGUGCUGCGGAGCGGCGGGGGCGGCUCUGCUCUCCCCCGGGGGGCGGCUCCAGGCGCUGGGCUCGGCCAAGCGGCGGCGGCGGGUGCGCUCCGAGGCGGAGCUGCAGCAGCUCCGUCAGGCCGCCAACGUGCGGGAGCGGCGGCGGAUGCAGUCCAUCAACGACGCCUUCGAGGGGCUGCGCUCGCACAUCCCCACCCUGCCCUACGAGAAGCGGCUCUCCAAGGUGGACACGCUGCGCCUGGCCAUCGGCUACAUCAACUUCCUCAGCGAGCUGGUGCAGUCCGACCUGCCGCUGCGCAGCGCGGGCAGCGAGAGCCCCAGCCAGCCCAAGAAAAUCAUCAUCUGCCACCGCGGCACAAGAUCUCCCUCCCCGAGCGACCCCGACUACGGACUCCCCCCUCUGGCCGGUCACUCGCUGUCGUGGACUGACGAAAAGCAGCUCAAGGAACAAAACAUCAUCAGGACAGCCAAAGUAUGGACCCCCGAGGAUCCACGGAAGGUGAACAAGCAGCCGUCCCGCAACGACAUCGAGAACGAGCCCCCCUUCGACUUCGUGGCGUGA